CCAGAGCCGUAAAACCACCAGAUAAUAAAAAAAAACUGAGUAAUGCUAAGUGAUGAUAAUAUUAUUUAAAUUCUAACAAAAUAUAAAAAUUUGAAAAAUCGCAUCAUAAUGUCGGGACGAGGUAAAUAUCGUGGCAACCGGCAUAGGAAUAACCAUCAAACGUUAUCCACGGUAGCGAAGGAAGUGGCUACGUCCUUGCCGGCAGACAGCCCCGUGCUGGCGAUGUUCAAGGACGCAGCUUUAAAGCUCAAUGACCGUCAAGAUAGACACGAGAGGCUGGUCAAGUUGUCUAGAGACAUCACUAUUGAGAGCAAGAGAAUCAUCUUCCUCUUGCACUCUGCUAUCACUGAAGAAUCUACAGAAAAGGCAGUAAAAGAAGCAAAUGAGAGACUGCAAAAGCUAAUCGCUGGACCAAUCAAAAGCAUUGGCCUGGAAUUGGAAAACCAUCCAGCGUAUUUGUAUUCCAGAGCAGUGACUGCUGGUUUCCAGGAAUUUAUUGAGGCUAGAACUUUCUGUUCUUUAAUGGAGAGCAAAGUUAUUAUCUCGUAUCCUGAAGUGCAGAAGGAAUUUCAGUAUGAAGUUAAAGAAGGUGAAUCUGAGAGGAUAGUGGUGACUUUCCUACCACAGACAGACUACAUUCUUGGCUUGGCGGACUUGACUGGAGAACUGAUGAGGAAGGCUAUCAACAGCAUAUCCAGUGGUGAUAGCCAAGAGUGCUUCCAUGCUUGUCAGGUUGUGAGGGAGCUGUAUACUGGAUCUCUAGGAUUGUUCGGCAUGGGCAAAGAACUAGCGCGCAAGAUGACUGUAACGAGAAACAAUGUGGGUAAAGUGGAGGCCGCUGUGUACGCGCUGCGCGUGCGCGGCGGCGAGGCGCCCCCCUUGCUGCUGCUGCCCGCCAAGCCGGAGUGGGAGGCCGACCCCCGCGACGACGACGAGGGGUACUACUGAAUAAACGUUGUGUUAUA